AUGGCUAAGGGAAAUAAGAAAAGUGAAGAGAAAGUGAAGGAUGCUACUCCUGCUGAAACUACAUCUGCUGCUGCAACUGGAGAACAAGAAGAAGGAAUCAUUUUGAAUGAUGAUCUAUCUGAUGAAGAAGUGGAAAAGGAGAAGAAAGAAGUGAAGGAAGAAUUGGCUAAAGAAGAUGAAGAGAAAGAGGAAAUAAAGAAGGAAGAACUCAAAGAAGAACCAAAGAAGGUUGAAAAAGAGGAAAAAACUGAAGCUAUUAUUGAUGAAAAAAAAGAAGAUAUUGCUAAAGAACCAACAUCAACAACUAAAGAUGAUGAAGGUCCACCUCCUCCUCCAAAACCAAUUAGACCAUUAUCACCAAGACAAGAAGCUAAGAAGAAUUUGAAAGAUGCAUUCCCAACAGUUGAAGAUUCCACAAUUGAAGCUAUAUUGAUUGCAUCUUCAUUCAAAUUAGAGCCAGCUUUUAAUGCCAUGUUGUAUUUAUCAGAUCCAACAGCUAUGAAAUUUGAAGAAGUUCCAAUUGUUGAAGAAGCCCCAACACCGCGUCGCCAAUUGACUCAAUUAGAACAAGAUGAGAUGUUGGCUAAGAAAUUGGAUGAAGAAUUUAACAAGAGUCAAAGAAGACGUCAUAGACAUCAUCAAGAAGGUGGACAAUAUCCAGGAGAAGGUCAACCACCUCGUGGAGCACCAAGAAGGUCGCAAAAUGUACAAGAUGAAGAUGAAGAUGAUGAUAUGUUUUCAAAUUUUGUUGAAAAGGAUUUACCACAAAUUAAAGAGCAAUUUUCCAAGAAUUUAGAAGAAACGAAAACAAAAUUCAACAGUUGGGUAUCUGGUUGGAAAAAACAAUAUCAAACUACAAGUGAAGAAUGGCAACAAAGAAAUAGACAACAAGGAGGAGGAUUUGGUCAACAGCAACAACCAAAAUCACAGCAACGUCGUCGUUAUGAAUUUGAACAAGAUCCUGAAGAAGUUGAUGUUCGUGAUUUCCAUGGUAUUUCACUAGGUAAUAAUGAUGAUGAAGAUGAAGAGGAUAGACCAAAGUUACCAAAUCGUAAUAGAGCACAAUCCACAGAUUUAUAUGGAACUCCAAAACAUGGUUCUAAACCAUCCACAACUACCUCAACAGGAGGAGGAGCUCAAAACAAAUGGGAACCAUUACAAACAAAGAAACCAGAUCCUAUAAGUUCAAGUAAUGCGGCAGAAGAUGAUGAUGAUUUCUUGUUAUCAGAUGAUGAGUUGUUGAGCAGCUCAAAGAAGAAUUAG